ACUCAGCUACUCUUUUUUCUUACUGUGGAUGUGAUCCAUAUAUCAUUGAACAGAGAGGUGAGAAGAAAGUCAGAACAACAGAAACACAGAUUUGAAACUGAAGUACAAUGGCGGAGCAAGCGGGUGGAGGAUGCUGUCCGCCUAUGGAUCUGUUCCGUUCUGAGUCUAUGCAACUUGUCCAAAUUAUCAUUCCGAUUGAAUCUGCUCACACAACUAUCGAUUAUAUUGGGGACAUCGGACUUAUUCAGUUCAAAGACUUGAAUGCUGAAAAGAGCCCGUUUCAACGAACAUAUGCUACUCAGAUCAAAAGAUGUGGAGAGAUGGCUCGUAAAUUACGUCUAUUUAAGGAACAAAUGUCCAAAGCGGGCUUGUUAUCUUCUUCUACGUCUGCGACACAAGUUGACCUAAGCUUUGAUGACCUUGAGGUCAAACUUGGAGAUCUUGAAUCAGAGCUGAUUGAAAUGAAUGCUAAUGGCGAUAAGUUACAACGCUCCUACAAUGAGCUUGUGGAAUAUAAACUUGUUUUGCAAAAGGCUGGUGACUUUUUCCACAUAGCACAGAGGAGUGCUGAAGCUCUACAACGAGAACAGGCAUCAAGUCAAACUGGUGAACAAUCAUUAGAAACUCCUUUGUUAUCAGACCAGGAAGCAGUGACUGAUCCAUCCAAGCAAGUUAAGUUGGGAUUUACUACUGGACUUGUUCCGAGAGAAAAAUCGAUGGCCUUUGAGAGGAUUCUCUUUCGUGCUACCCGGGGUAAUGUGUUCUUGAGGCAGGCUGUAGUUGAAGAGCCUGUCACUGAUCCUGCUUCUGGGGAGAAGGUUGAGAAAAACGUAUUUGCAGUCUUCUUUUCUGGUGAAAGAGCAAAGAGCAAAAUUCUCAAAAUAUGUGAAGCUUUUGGAGCAAAUCGUUAUUCUAUCCCCGAGGACCUUGGUAAACAGGCUCAGAUGAUUACUGAGGUCUCCAGAAGAAUCUCAGAGCUAAAGACAACCAUAGAUGCUGGCUUGGUGCAUCGGGGAAAUUUAUUACAAACUAUUGGUGAACAAUAUGAUAGAUGGAACAGUUUGGUGAGGAAGGAGAAAUCAAUUUAUCACACUCUCAAUAUGCUUAGCAUUGACGUGACCAAAAAAUGUCUGGUGGCUGAAGGUUGGAGUCCUGUUUUUGCAUCCAAACAGAUUCAGGAUGCGCUGCAGCGGGCAACACAUGACUCAAAUUCAGAAGUUGGUGCAAUCUUCCGGGUUCUGCGAACCCGAGAGAUGCCGCCUACAUAUUUUCGAACAAACAAAUUUACAUCUUCUUUUCAGGAUAUUGUUGAUGCAUACGGGGUGGCUAAAUAUCAGGAAGCAAAUCCUGGUGUUUACACUAUUGUCACAUUUCCAUUCCUUUUCGCAGUUAUGUUUGGUGACUGGGGUCAUGGUAUCUGUCUGUUGCUUGCAACCCUAUACUUCGUACUCAGUGAGAAGAAAUUGUCCAGUCAGAAACUUGGAGACAUCAUGGAGAUGACUUUUGGAGGGCGAUAUGUGAUAUUUAUGAUGUCCCUCUUCUCAAUAUACACGGGCCUGAUCUAUAACGAGUUCUUCUCUGUGCCCUUUGAGUUAUUUGGUAAAUCAGCAUAUGGGUGUCGUGAUCCUUCUUGCAGGGAUUCUACCUCUGCAGGCUUAAUCAAAGUGCGUGACACUUAUCCAUUUGGUGUCGAUCCAGCGUGGCAUGGUUCACGUAGUGAGCUUCCAUACCUCAACUCAUUGAAGAUGAAAAUGUCUAUCCUUAUUGGGGUGGCCCAGAUGAACCUUGGGAUAAUUCUGAGCUUUUUCAAUGCUCUGUUCUUUCGCAAUGGUGUAAACGUUUGGUGUCAAUUUGUCCCCCAAAUGAUAUUUUUGAAUGCUCUGUUUGGAUACCUGUCCGUCCUUAUCAUUGUGAAGUGGAUCACCGGGUCCAAAGCUGAUUUAUACCAUGUAAUGAUAUACAUGUUCCUUAGCCCGACAGAUGAGCUCGGUGAAAACCAGCUUUUUGCUGGUCAGAAGUUAACCCAGCUUGUCCUGCUAUUCUCAGCCCUUGUUGCUGUCCCAUGGAUGCUUCUUCCAAAGCCCUUCCUAUUGAAAGCUCAACAUGAAAGGCACCAAGGGCAGUCCUACACAGCACUUCAGGAGGCAGAAGAGUCUUUAAUGGUGGAGAGUAGUGAUGAUUCUGGUCAUCAUGAGGAAUUUGAGUUCAGUGAGAUUUUUGUUCAUCAGCUCAUUCACACUAUUGAAUUUGUACUUGGAGCAGUCUCAAACACAGCUUCUUACCUUCGUCUGUGGGCUCUCAGCCUUGCGCACUCUGAGCUGUCCACUGUAUUUUAUGAAAAGGUUCUUCUUCUCGCCUGGGGGUACAACAAUGUCUUAAUUCUCAUUGUUGGCAUCAUUGUGUUCAUCUUUGCCACUGUCGGAGUGUUGUUGGUGAUGGAAACGCUUAGUGCCUUCCUACAUGCGUUGAGACUUCACUGGGUAGAGUUCCAAAAUAAGUUUUAUGAGGGAGAUGGAUACAAGUUUAGUCCUUUCACAUUCUCAUUGGUUGAUGUGGAGGAUGAAUGAAGCAGCAUCCAGGAUUCUCAGAGAUGAAGCUCUCGCUGUUCGUAAAAGGAUGUGUAUGUUUUUCUUUUUGCUUGAAUGGUCAUCUUAGUGGAGGGAUAAGAUUCUUUCUCCUUUUCAUUUUUGGUGGGAUGGAGCAGUAUUCUGUGAGCACGCUCCACUCUAUUUGUUUUAUUGGCGCCGAGAGAAAUAAGCAUUUUGCAUGUGAGGUUCACAGCAAUGAAAGCAGCAUCUGUGCAGCUGCAACUUUUAGUAUAAUAAGUUACUCCUAUUUAUUAAUUGUAUUGUUAUGUUGUGUGAUCCUGCAAUAGUCACGAAUUUGUGCAACAGAUAUGCUGGGAUAGUUUGCCUGUAAAUUAAUCAUUAUCACCUAUGUUUAUGAGCUUUUCUAUCA